GCAGCAACAGAAAGCUUCCAAGUGGCUGCUCGGCCUUGCUGAAGAAGGCUGAGGCAAGAAUCCGACAGGCCGCCGCCAAGACGGCUGCUGGACCACGGAAGCGCCCUGCUGCAGCGGAGCCAGCCAAGGCAAGCAAAGCCGCCAGGACGGAUUCUGUCAAGUUCCCCAUUCUUUGGGACAAGCUGCUGGAGACGGUGCUCCUGGAUAUAUCAAACGAGGCCUAG